CUUGUAUCCACUAACACCAUGGACCCAAGCAACCACUGAAAGAGACCCUGCUCGCUCGCCUUGACCUCUCUUAGCUGGUGUUGCCCGGGAUCUGGACCCAUUUUACGUACAGAAUCCCUUUCCCUUGUUUGGGACAAAGUCUGAUUUCUCGCGGGUCGUGACGCUGCUUUCCCCACUUUUCACAGCUCUUGGGUGACUUUUGGUGUCAGAUAGCUGAUCAACAAAACCACAGAAGAGCCCGCCUUCGCGACCAGAUUCAUUUGCUGCUUCUUCAUCACCCUUCACGAUCGCAAAGCAAUCUCUCCACUCCAGACACAAUGGCCGCCAUCAAGUCUCUCAUGACCCGCGACGAGGUCGUCCACCAGCUUGUCAAGCGUAAAAACUGGGCCGCCAGGGAGCCUGGUGUUAUUGUCGUCUUCUGCAUUGUUGGUGUUGUCGCUAUUGGCCUUCUCAGCCUCUUCCUCUACAGGAAGGCCAUUGCUCGCAAGGCCAACAAGGCCUCUACCGUCUAAGUCGUUUGAUGCGGAUGAGGCCGACGUUAAGGAGAGUGGAGCGUGACCUGAGGCAUAGUCAUGAGCGUCUUUGGACUAUGAGCCUCAGGUAGACGUGGUGUUACGACGAGGUGCCUUCUGCGACACAUCGGGUGACCGACUGUGACCCCGUAUUCCAGUUAACUAUUGCCGGUUACGUCCCUCACCAUUCCUCGCUUGUCAACUGGCAACGCAAUCUGUUACGGAUAGCAGAGUUGACUGGCAAAACUUUUGUACAUACCUACAUACCACCGGAUCACGUGGGACAAAUGUGCUGGAGGGCGGGUUCUCGUCGAGUGUUCGCUGCUAGGUGGCUGUAUUCUAUCUUCUAAUGCUACUGAUACCUACUCGUUUGAAGCAAUCAACAAUAAUCAUCUACUCGAAAUCUAGUUCCACAAACAAACUCCAGCCUCGUGAAACCCUUAGUCUGAAUUGGCGC